UGCAAUUUUGUUUUCUAUGUGGAGAGCCAAAAAGUCUCCUAAGUCUUCACGUCACCCUCUCUUCUCUUCUCGAUCUCUGCACCCUCUUUCUAUAAGUACUCUUCACAUCCACCAAUACCAAUACAGUACCAAGACUCGAGACAGAUUUGAUUCGAUUCCAUUCCAUUUUACUCUGAAUUUGACUAUUACGAUCAACCAAUCUUGUUGUUCCUAGCCAUGAGUCUUCUUGCAGAUCUCGUUAACCUGAACCUCUCAGAGACCACUGACAAAAUCAUUGCUGAAUACAUAUGGGUUGGAGGUUCUGGAAUGGAUAUGAGAAGCAAAGCCAGGACUCUCCCUGGACCAGUGAGUGACCCUUCGAAGCUACCAAAGUGGAACUAUGAUGGUUCAAGCACAGGACAAGCUCCUGGGGAAGACAGUGAAGUCAUCUUAUACCCUCAAGCCAUAUUCAAAGAUCCUUUCCGUAGAGGCAAUAAUAUUCUUGUCAUGUGUGAUGCUUACACUCCCGCGGGUGAACCAAUCCCGACAAACAAAAGACACGCUGCAGCUAAGGUCUUUAGCCACCCUGAUGUUGUAGCUGAAGUGCCAUGGUAUGGUAUUGAGCAAGAGUACACUUUACUUCAGAAAGAAGUUAAUUGGCCUGUUGGUUGGCCUAUUGGUGGCUUUCCUGGCCCUCAGGGACCUUACUAUUGUGGUGUUGGAGCAGACAAAUCUUUUGGUAGAGAUAUUGUUGAUUCUCACUACAAGGCCUGCUUAUACGCUGGAAUCAACAUUAGUGGUAUCAAUGGAGAAGUCAUGCCUGGUCAGUGGGAGUUCCAAGUCGGUCCAGCUAUUGGUAUCUCGGCCGCAGAUGAAAUCUGGGUCGCUCGUUACAUUUUGGAAAGGAUCACAGAGAUUGCUGGUGUGGUGGUAUCUUUUGACCCGAAACCGAUUCCCGGUGACUGGAACGGUGCUGGUGCUCACUGCAAUUACAGUACCAAGUCAAUGAGGGAAGAUGGUGGUUACGAGAUUAUCAAGAAGGCAAUCGAUAAAUUGGGACUGAGACACAAAGAACACAUUGCAGCUUACGGUGAAGGCAAUGAGCGUCGUCUUACUGGUCACCACGAGACUGCUGACAUCAACACUUUCCUUUGGGGUGUUGCAAACCGUGGAGCAUCGAUCCGUGUAGGACGCGACACAGAGAAAGAUGGGAAAGGAUACUUUGAGGACAGGAGGCCAGCUUCGAACAUGGAUCCUUACAUUGUCACUUCCAUGAUUGCAGAGACCACAAUCCUCUGGAAUCCUUGAUCAGAUUCAAGAAAAUCUUGAAAUUUUUCACUCAAUUGUGUUUCUUGCAAGAUUCAACGUUUGUGUGUUUCUAUUCAAGCAAUGUCUCAGAAACAAGUCAAGAUUUGCUCUGAUUUUUUUUUCUGUCGUUUAAUUAUUUGCCAUCUACUGAAAACCUUUCUUUGUAUCAUUAUGAAUAAACACUAUUUGGAAAAGGGUUGAUUCAUUUUA